AUGCCAUCUUCAUCUAUGCGUAACGGUAGUUCUUUGUCCCACCGACUGCUACUGAAAGGUGGCACAGUCCUCUUGCACGAUAACGAAGACAACGUACAAGCUCUGGAAAGAGACAUCCUCAUUGAGAACAACCAAAUCGUCAAGAUAGCCUCAGAAAUUGGAGAUGUAGCCGAUGCAGAGUUGAUCGAGUGCUACUCAAAGAUUAUCUCGCCUGGCUUUAUCGACACGCAUCACCAUCUUUGGCAAACUCAACUCAAAGGAAGACACGCGAAUGAGCUUCUUCUCGACUACAUGGCCUCAGGGAACUUGCAGUCGUCGAACUACACCAAAGAAGACAUUUACUGGGGUCAGCUUGGUGGAUGUCUUGAAGCGAUCAAUGCUGGUACCACAACUGUUUUUGACCACUCGCAUGUAAACACCUUUGAAGGUGCUGCAUCAACUGCCAUUUCAGCCACUGCGUCAUCAGGCCUACGCAGCGUCUAUGGAUACUGCCCGACUGCUCGCGUUGCUUCAUGGUCGCCGUUCGAGAUGAACCAGGAAAUGAUCGCAUCAUGGGUUCUUCAAGAAUUGCGAAAGCUCGGGACUCAGGCUCCCUUCGGGGAUGGCCGAGUGACCAUGGGUUUGGCUUUUGACCUAUGGUUCUUGCCCGAACAGGUCGUUCAAGAACUCUUCCAAACAGCCCGAGAGGCCGGUAUCAAUCUGGCGACUACCCACGCUGUUCGCAACCAUCAGUUGAGCAUGAGUGAUGUCAUACAACAAGUCAAAAGUCAAGGCUUGUUGGACGAUCGAAUGCUGUUCAGCCACGCAAAUGGGUACCCCACCGAGAGUAUCCAAGCGUUGGUCGAUGCUGGAGCACAUAUUAGCAGUACACCUUCGACAGAGAUGCAAAUGGCGCUAGGAAAUCCAAUCUGCCUCGAUGAUGGUUACCCUAUGGCUCAAGCACAGUCGAGCUUGGGUAUCGACUGUCACAGUAACCAGGCUUCAAGUAUUGUCUACGAGAUGAGACUUGGUUUGCAAGCGUCACGGGCAAGUUAUAAUCAGAAACUUAUCAAUCAAGAAUUGGCCCCUCGGAGCAUUUCCAAGACGGUACAGGAUGCAUUCAACCUUGGUACAAUCCAAGGUGCCAGAGCGAUCGGAAUGCAAAGCCAGCUCGGUAGUAUAGCUGAAGGAAAAUUGGCAGACUUGGUCAUCUUUGACGCCAACACGCCUGAGCUGGUAUGUGCCGCUGAGCAAGACCCAUUGGCUGCUAUUGUUCUGCACAGUAGUAUCGGAAACGUCGACACAGUUAUCAUAGACGGAAUUGUGAGGAAGCGUGGGGGCAAGCUGGUUGAUGUGCAAGUGGAGGAUGGUAUGAAAGACGUUGCAGGCAAGAAACCCCUUGAUUGGAGAGACGUGGCCAAAGCCAUGAAAAAGUCCAGAAUGGAAAUUCUUGAGAGGGAGAAGAAACAGAACUUUGCAGAGUUGAAGCAGGGUGUUAUACGUAACCUUUUUGUCGAUGAAUCGAAGCUGCGAGACUAG